GAAAACAUGCCGUGCCUAAGGGAAGAAGAUAAGGUUGACCCACUCGAAGCACAGCUGGAAGCGCAAAUGGAAUUGUCCCAUCUGCAACGACAGUAUCGUUGUUUGCGCAACGAUAGAAGAAUGUACACUGAUGAGACUGAAAAUACUUUGCGCAAGCAGAAAAUAACUAUUGAAGCACUAGUCAAAGAAAAAAAAGAAUUGGAAGCAAUGAUGCACGUAGCAAGCAGUAGACAGAAUGAGAAAUUUGAUCAACGAAAUGUCGAAAAGCUUGUCGAGCUCUUAGAACGAGAAGCGCAAGCUCAGGAGGAACUCAAGAAGGAGAAAGAAGCAAUUGCGGGUGUGGAUGAAAAAGUAGCUGCCAUGAGAGAAAAGAUCAACCAACAGAGCAAGAAGAUGGGAGGAAGUAAAGAUGUGUACCAAGAGAAACAUGUCGCCAAUAUGAAGCUUACUCGAAUAUUGGAGAACAGGUUGGAUGAGAUGACCAAGAAAUUUAGCAUUGCUUUGACCGGCAAUUUGAAGCUCAGAGAACAUAUCAACCACGUCGAAGGACAGAAAGCAAGGUUCCUUGAUCUGCACAAGCGUCUUCAGGCUGAACUUAUCGAAGGAAAAAAGGAAAUAGAUCGUAUUUCAGAAGUGGCGACGACUCAUUUCACCAUAAGAGACGAAGCACAACACAGGAUGGCUUCACUACGCGAGCGCGCUGACCGGGAAAUGGCGGUUUAUAACGCGGAAAUCAAAGACGUCAAGCGCAUUCUUGAGCACGAUCGGAAACUUCGGAAGUUCAUGACUACAAAAGCCGAAGACCGUGCGUCCAUUCUAGAGGACGAAUUGAUGGUUCGUGCAAUAAAGAAAUAUGAAGCUCAGCUAAAUGGGUUGCAACAAGAAACCAGCAAGUUUGAGGAGAUCUUUGACAAGAUCAAGGAAGCUACUGGUAUAGAAGACACAGACACUCUUGUGGAGUCUUUUAUUGAGAACGAAGAUCGCAACUUCGCGCUGUACAAUUACGUAAACAACAUGAACACUGAAAUUGAGAACCUGAAAGAUGAUAUAAGACGCUUGAAGGACGAGAUCGAGCUCAUCAAGAAAGAGGGUGUCGACAGUGAUGUGCACAGGAAGGAAAUUUUAAAUGAACUUGAGCAGAAGAUGGUCGAAGUCACUGAUGAGUUGACACUGGUGAAUAAGGAGUAUAAAGCAAGCAGAAGACAGCUCGAGCUCUUGAAGCCGAAGGUCGAAAGCGUUUUCAACUCAAUAGAGUGCGAUCGCUCCUCAAUCGCGGAGUUGCUUGGAAUUGGUGUGUCAAUAGAUGACAAUAACAUCAUGCAAUACCUUGGAAUUAUCGAGCAGAAAUGCAACGAACUCUUGCAAAACAAAGCUCUAGAGAAGAUCAAGAAGUUGAACGAGUCUGGCGGAGACAUAUCCGUUGACGGUUUACAAGGAGUGGGUCCUCAGCCAGCACAUGGGAAUUUUUUAAUUGUACCUCCCCCGAUUGAAGAUGACAGUGAUCAGGCAUGGCAUUGUAACGAUGCAAAACCGCUGACAGUAGAAGAAGUGCAAGCUCUAAUACAGCAAGGAAAUGUGAAGGGUGGCCUCUCAAAGGUCACAGGGUCUACAAAGCAACCCGCAAAAAGGAAGCGCGCUUAG